AUGGAUUCCGGUAAUGACAAAGGUACUAGAGUUAGCCAACCUCCUCCAUAUUCAGAGUAUCCUGGACCAGCACCUCAACCGCAAACGUAUGUAGCUGCACCUGUCGUCAUGCCCGUCGUAGUAGCAUCGCGUAUGGGACCAGAACCGACGCCAUUUGUUUGCAAAUCGUGUCAUGCUCAAAUUGUUACAAGAAUAGAAACAAAACCUACUACGAAGACUCAUCUUUUCGCACUAUUACUCUGCGUUAUAGGAUGUUGGCCUUGUGUAUGUAUACCGUACUGCGUGGAUUCCUGCAACAACACUAAUCAUUACUGUCCAAACUGCAACGCCUAUCUUGGAAGCUAUGAUAGUUAG